CACUGUCAUAUUUUCUUCUCUCAGGUAUUUCUAAAUCUCGACAAGCAUCAUGUUAUAUUUGUUAUGAUUAUUAGUAGAUGUAGCUUUAUUAUACAUUAAUUUACGAGAUUGCUAGAGGUAUUAGGUAUCUUGACAAUUGGUAAACAACUAUGCCACUAGAAUGGCUUUUUGGGCGCAAGAAGACGCCAGAGGAGAUGCUGAGGCAGAACCAGAGAGCUCUGAACAAAGCCAUGCGGGACCUGGAUAGGGAGAGGUCCAAAAUGGAGCAACAGGAGAAAAAGGUCAUUGCUGACAUAAAAAACAUGGCCAAGAAAGGACAAAUGGAUGCUGUUAAGGUCAUGGCCAAAGAUUUAGUGCGGACCAGGAGGUAUGUGAAGAAAUUUAUCUUAAUGAGGGCCAACAUCCAGGCAGUGUCCUUGAAAAUCCAAACCCUUAAAUCAAACAACGCAAUGGCCCAGGCCAUGAAAGGAGUCACUAAAGCCAUGAUGACCAUGAAUAAACAGCUUAAGCUGCCCCAGAUCCAGAAGAUUAUGAUGGAGUUUGAGAAGCAGUCUGAGGUCAUGGACAUGAAGGAGGAAAUGAUGAAUGACGCCAUUGAUGAUGCCAUGGGAGAUGAAGACGAUGAGGAAGAGAGUGAUGCCAUUGUUUCUCAAGUUCUUGAUGAGUUAGGAUUGCAACUAACAGAUCAACUUUCAGACAUCCCAAAUGCAAGCAAUACUAUAGGCACCAAAACCGCGGAAAAACAACCUCAGGCUGCAGGAGUUAGUGAUGCUGAUGCUGACCUGGAGGCACGGCUUGAAAAUUUGAGGCGGCAGUGAGAAGGCACGUUCAAAGUUGAUUGUCAUGAGUGAUCUGAGUGGGAAUGAAUGAAAUGUAUGUGUGCCUGCAAUGACAGUAUUUUAAUGAACACCAAGGGGGAGAUAAUCAGGAACGAGUUGCGCAACAAGGAGGAGCCAGCACUGGGCAGGAGAUUUACACACAUUCAGCCUGAUUAAUGUGAUAGAGGUGCAUAGCUGUGUAUAACCCAGUUUCUAGACAAAUAUUGUUUAUGUAGUGGAAAACUGUUUUUAUAGCCUUGUUCUCAUUCAUUUAGAGUCAUAUCUAAUUUUUGUAUUUUUUGUUGCUUUUGUUAUUGAUUCAUGGUUUAAAUGUUUAUCAAGAUUUCAUGAAUACAAAGCAUACUGACAUGUGACACGUGGUAUAGUAUGUCAUUAAUCGUUAAUUUUUAGUAUAUGAUUAAUCGUUAAUUUUUAGUAUUUUGGUACUCAUCUAUUUCCAAUUCAAAGAGAAAUUAUUUCAAAGGAAGCAGAGAAAAAAGUAGAAUGCAUCAAAACUGACGUAGCUGUUAUUGUGAUUAUUAUCUAGUAUUGCAUCAAUAUCGCCUCUCUCCAGUCUUUAAAUUCUAAUACAUGUAGUAGAAUGGUAACCAAUAUGUUAAUUUUGAAUUUCAAGUGAAGCAGGUCUUUAUUUUUCUUUUUUCUUUUAGAUGCAGUGCCAUGAGUAGAUUUUUAAAAGUAUUAGUAUAUUAUUACUGAUAAUUUUUCAUUGUACUCUGCCACUUAAUCCAUAGAUAUUUUGACGACUUGAAUAAUUAAACUGAAUACAUAAAAUGGUCCGACAGGUAUUGGAGAAGAAAAAGUUGAAUGUUGUUAAAACUACAGUGACUGUACAAAAAUAAAAUUUAGAAAUGACAUUUCAUACAGUGUAUAUAUAUAAUUUACCCUUUAAAAUAUAUAUUUAAAUCUUUAUAUAAUCUAUUCUUUUUUAUCCUGCAGGGAUGAUGCAUCAGCAUCACACUUGCAGGAAAAACUUUAAUCUUGGCGUUAUCUUUUCAACCAGGGGAGAUAGGGCUUUGAUAUUUCAGAUAUAGAUGCCACAUGACCAGGUCUUUUAUAUGGUACCAAAACAUUUGAUCUAGUGACUUUGACCUAGAGCUUUGACUUGCUUUUCAAAAACUUCAACCUUUUGAACUAAAGGGAAUAGUUAAGUGGAGUCAUGCUUCUUGGCAAAUUAUGUUGUUUUUUGACAGCUCUUGUUAAAAUAUUUAUUCAAAUCUGCAUUUCCAAAAAACUGGACUGUAUUUCUUUGAUAAAGAAAGCAAUCAACAAUACCAUCAUCCAAUGAGAGAUGUUAUUAAAACGAUUUAUAGAGAGGAAACAUUCAAUACGUUGAAACUUUGUUUUCUAUUAUUGGUUGUUAUUUCUAAACAAACUUUCAGUUUUUAUAAGUACAUAUAUCCUUUGGAUGUACAGUUUCCUAUUAUUACAUGAAUUAACUGUAGUUGAAAUAAUGUUUGAGAAUAAAAUGAUAAUAAGAUCAAACGUCAACACAUUUUGUAUAUUUUUAAGCAAGUUAUUUGCCUACACUGUCAUGUUGUCUAUGGAUAAUACCGUAUUAUUUAGUGUCCUGUCCAUUUCAUAAUUUGUAAAUUUCGUAAAUGUCAGAACAUGAAAAGGACAGAUACAUGCAUGUACAUAUAUUUAAUGAUCCUCAGAAAAGAAGUUGAAAUAAUAAAUCAUGUAACAUUG